AUGGAGGAACGGAGCCGUUACGUGAAGCUGACUAAAGAUCAGACACCUCAUGAAGAUAUCAAUCCUGGUGAACUUAAUCAGCCAAUUGAGGUUCCUCAGUUGGCGGUUCCGAAGUGCAUGGAAUGUGGACAGGCACUACCAGAAAGCUAUGCACCUCCUGCUGAUGAGCCUUGGAUGACUGGGAUCUGUGGAUGUGCUGAAGAUAGAGAUAGUUGUUUGACAGGACUGUUUUGUCCUUGUGUUUUAUUUGGCCGCAAUGUAGAAAGCUUGUACGAAGACGCUACUUGGAAUGCACCAUGCAUUUGUCAUGCCAUUUUUAUUGAGGGUGGAAUCGCUCUGGCAACAGCUACUGCAAUCCUUAAUGGUAUAAUUGACCCAGGGACAUCAUUUCUCAUUGUGGAGGGUUUGUUUUUUACUUGGUGGAUGUGUGGCAUAUACACCGGUCAGGUUCGGCAAACCUUGCAGAAGAAUUAUCACUUAGAGAAUUCUCCUGCUGAUCCUUGUUGUGUCCACUGCUUCCUGCACUGGUGUGCCUUGUGUCAAGAGCACAGGGAAAUGAAGGGGCGUCUCUCAGACAGUAAUUCCUCAGAAACGACUCUCGUAAACGCGCCUCCCAUUCAAGAAAUGAAGUCUAUUGGUGAAAAGGAAAGUCCUGAAUCCUCAUCCUCUUCCACUGCUAACAACAGUGGGCAUACUAGUUUAGAACUGCAGGCUCUAUAA